AUGGAGCUGCGGGGGGGCGGGGAACAGCGGCCCGCCGAUAUCCACCAAGCGCUUCGGUACAAGGAGCUGAAGUUGCCUUCCUACAAAGGCCAGUCCCCUCAGCUAAGUCUCCGAAGGUAUUUUGCUGACUUGAUUGCCAUUGUGAGUAAUCGCUUCACGCUCUGCCCCUCUGCCCGACACCUGGCUGUCUAUCUGCUGGACCUGUUUAUGGAUCGCUAUGACAUCUCUAUCCAGCAGCUGCAUCUAGUUGCGCUUUCCUGUCUGCUUCUAGCAAGUAAAUUUGAAGAAAAAGAAGAUAGUGUGCCUAAGCUGGAGCAGCUCAACAGCCUGGGCUGCAUGACUAAUAUGAACCUAGUGUUAACCAAACAGAAUUUGCUGCAUAUGGAACUAUUACUGUUAGAAACCUUUCAGUGGAACCUCUGCCUUCCAACAGCUGCCCAUUUCAUCGAGUAUUAUCUCUCGGAAGCAGUACACGAAACCGAUCUUCACGACGGCUGGCCAAUGAUUUGCUUGGAAAAAACUAAGCUCUACAUGGCCAAGUACGCAGAUUAUUUCCUGGAAGUAUCUCUGCAGGAUUAUGCCUUUCUAAAUUAUGCACCUUCUUUAGUAGCUGCUGCGUGUGUGGCUUCUUCAAGGAUUAUUCUUCGGCUUUCUCCAACGUGGCCUGCAAGACUACAUCGUCUUACUGCUUACUCCUGGGAUUUCUUAGUGCAGUGUAUCGAACGGCUGUUGAUUGCUCAUGAUAAUGACGUGAAAGAAGCAAACAAACAGCGAGGACAGGCAGGACCUCAGUCAGCACAACUCAGUGUGUUCCAGGCGACCUCCCAGCCCUCGCGGCCUGUUCACUUCCAGCAGCCUCAGUAUCUCCACCAGACCCAUCAGACCGCACUGCAGUAUGGUGAAAAACAGCCGAGCUGCCAGCAGAUCGUCUCUACCACACACACCUCUUCUUACACACUACAGACGUGCCCGGCUGGCUUCCAGACGGGUGUUCAGGGCCUUGGCCACGUGCAGACUGGCGUUGGGAUGUCUUUGGCCAUCCCAGUCGAAGUUAAGCCCUGCCUAAGUGUUUCCUAUAACCGGAGCUAUCAGAUUAAUGAACAUUACCCUUGUAUUACUCCGUGCUUCGAAAGGUGAUUACAUACAGAGGUCGUGACACACCCAGACUGUUUUGUGACUUGAAGCUUUGGGGCAGGCUUUUUAGAAAAUCUUCUAAAGGAAAGGGUUCCAAAUGACAUCAGAACUCUUCAGGUACCCGUACCAAGAUGGCUGACUAUCCCUUUCACUGUGCGAUGAAUACCUGGAAGAUCUAAGCAAACACAGCGUGCGUGCCACAUCCUGUUUCACCAGAUCUCUUUAUACAGGUGUUCAGGCCCCAGCUGAUGGUCCAAAUAUUCCAGAAAUAGUCAAUACUACAGAAAAUUUGGACAGACUGCAAUUUGCCAUUUUGAGAUUUGACCUGUGGAAGGCUCUGGGCCUAAUGCUGGCUUCUGUGUUAAAGACUAAUGUUUAUUUGUGGACUUGCCAAACAGUCUUUUAUGAAGGAAAGUAACAGUAUUAAUUUUUGAAGAGGUCCUUUUCUUUUUUUUAUUAUCCUGCAGUUUUGAGUUUUUUUGAUAUACAGAUGAAUUUUUUGACUAAGCAUAAACUCAUAAAUUGCUGUAUCAAAUCUGUGCAGUUAAAACGAUUUUAGAUGAUUAACUAUAACUCCCUGUCAUUAAUAGUCUAAGUAUCUGGAUUUACAUACUAAAGUUAAGGGCGGAGUAGAUCUGUUAUCCUAAAUGAUGGUCAUAAUUCUUUGUUUUUUGUUUUUUCCCUAAGUGACCAACCUCAGAUCUUUAGAAUUAAAAGACAUUUAACUCAGGGACUUUGUACUACUUGGAAACACUUAACUGUAAUGCAGCAUGCUUUGGGAGUGCUAUGGUAUGAACGACCUUUGUAACCUAGGGUGAAGUGUUCCUGCUAGGAUAGGGUGUGCUUUCAAAUGAGAACGUUCUGUCGUAGCUCAGAAGGAAGCAGUGGUUCUUGUGAUUGCUGAUACGUAUGUAGGUUUGCACUUUUCAGUGCAAUCAGUGAUUUGUACGUAGAUUUCGUAUUACUCUAAAAAAAGUUUUUUUCACGAGGGGGUCUAGCUAUAAAAUGUCAGUGCUAGAACAGAGCCCUGCAGGGUUGUUUCCGAGCAGAGUGUGGCCCGGGUGGCUCUCAGGCUGUGCUAGAACAGAGCCCUGCAGGUUUGUUUCGGAGUGGAGUGUGGCCGGGGUGGCUCCUGGGCUGUUCUGGAGCAGCACUUUGUCACGAGGGAGGCAGGUUUCCUAUGUAGCCUUCGAGUCCAGCUGGUCAGUCUGAGCCGGCAGAGGAACUGCUUACUAACCUUCAGCAGCUGCUUGGACUGGAUUAACCCCUACGACCGCCCUGGGACAUGGCGCUGUCCUGCUAA